CAAUUGUACAUACCAUUUAUUUGUUUUUUCCAAUUUGUUUUUUUAUUUUUAUUUUUUUAUCUAUUCGUAUUUACAUAUGUGUCUUUUUAUAUUUUUUCUUUUUUAAUUCUCAUCUGAUUUUUUUUGUAUGCGCAUGCGCACUUGGCAAUAAAGUUCCUUCUUAUUCUGAUCCUAAUAUGUCUCAUUUGGCGAUAUUUGGCAUCCAAAUGCUAAUGCUAACCGGUAAUGCUAACCUCCGUCAAUGUUCUUGACAUGUGUGAGUUUUACUGGAAAGGAAAGGAACGUUUUGGAUAAAAGGCUUUUCCUUAAAAAACUACCAGCAGUUGGAUUAUGAAGGAGUGGACUGUGUGUUAGGGAGCUGUAUUCAUUAACAAUACAGCCAAAAUAUUACACUUCAUCAACUGUCCCAUGACAUGAGGAGGAUCAUAACUAACAUGGUUAGACAAUUGCUGUUGGGCAAUUCAGCUAGUUUACAUUGUGAGAAGAUGUCUAGUGAAAUAACACCCAUCACUUCCAGAGGGAAGAAACUGGUGGUAGGACUCGGGAACCCUGGUAUGAACGGCACACGGCACAGCGUUGGCAUGGCUGUGCUUGCAGCACUGGCAGAGAGUCUGCAAGUGUCUGAUCAGUGGAAACCAGACAGACAUGUAUCAGGAGAGGUUAUUGUUACGGCUUUUCAAGACACACAAAUUGUCCUCCUCCGGCCAAAACUGCUCAUGAAUGUCAAUGGAGUGAGUGUGGCGAAGGCAGCAAGUAGAUUUUCUAUUCAACCUGAGCACAUUGUCUUGGUACACGAUGAACUUGACAAACCACUUGGAAAAAUUGGCAUCAAACAUGGAGGGAGUGCAAGGGGUCACAAUGGUGUCCGGUCCUGUAUCGACUGCCUUCACACAGAUGUUAUGCCACGACUGCGAAUCGGGAUCGGGAGACCCUCAGGAAACACACCCGUGGACAGACAUGUUUUGGGGAGGUUUUCUAAAGAAGAGCAGAACACGUUAAGCUUUGUCAUGGAGCAGAGUGUAGAAGUUUUAUUAAAGCAAAUCACAGAGCAACAACUCCAACCAACUCCAGCAGGGGGCAGUAGAGCAACACGGAAGAGGAAAAAAAGGCCACCUUCUGCAGUAAAGGAGCCUGAGGAAAAAACCACACACAGCUUACCUGAACUGCCAAUAAGCCAAUGAUUAUAAACUCAUGACUCUGCUGAUUGUGGAUGUUUGUAUAGUAAAAUUGAAUAAAUGACAGUUCAGUUUUAAGUGGA